AUGGAUCACACCGUCCACGAUCCUCCCUCGAGUGUGCUCAAUGACAACUGCUCGGCCUCCUACAUGACUCCCUACGCGACCGUCAUCGCCAUGUCCGGCCUUUAUCUGCUCGCCAUAUUUUACUUUUGCAAAAGUGAGAAACAAAUUUGGUAUUUUUAAGCUAGUUCAUUUUCAGAAUCGAAAAAGAUGUGCCAACCCAUGUCUGACAGCAUGUAUCCCUAUCAAAAACGAUUGAAACAGUUGGAAAGAGGCAAGUGUUGUUGUCUUUUUUGUUCAUUUUGAGCAGCAAGCGUGUUUCAGAGCUCAAAAACUAUUUGAUUGACGAGGAGAGCAUCGAAGUGGACGAUUAUCACAUCGGACAAACCGCCGACGGCUUCAUUUUCCGGGGCGGAGUCUUCCCGAAGACGCGCAACCGAUUCAAUGCGAAAGUGACGACUGCGGUGAAGGUUUGUGGCCGGAAACACGUGCAGCCCUCAAUCCAAUUCAAUUCAGAUCAGCUUUCCGAUUGUGACCAAGUCGAUCAGUCUGCUCGAGGACGCACUUCGCCUUUCGAAACUUGACCAUCCUAAUUUGAUUCGUCUUCUCGGCGUUUCGCAGCUCUCUUUUACGGGUGAGAAAGAGUGAAAGUGUGAAAAAGAGAGCGAUGUUUGACAACUCAAUUUCUAUUGUAGUCUUCCGUCCGAUGAUAGCAUUGGAGUGGCUGCCCGGUGGCACUCUCUCCGACUUUUUCGUCUACAAAGUCAGGGUGAGCACGAGAUUCUAGUGGGGGGACGGAUAUUGUAGCGUUGUCUGCAGGAACGAGAGGACCACGAACGGAGUCCGAUCCAAUUGAAAGACAUGCUUUCGAUUCUCUACCAAAUUUCGCAAGCUCUCAAGUACAUUCACUGCAAACUGGAUGAGUUUGGACAGGAACUGACGCACGGCAGAAUAUGCGCUCGGAACGUUCUCAUUUCGGAGCCAGAUCUCAAGAAGUGUGAGGUCAAGUUGGGAGACUUUGGGGAGCCGCCGAUCGGAGCACAGUUCGUGACGCCGAUUGUGAACUACAUGCCCCCGGAAAUCCUUUGCUGCGCGGAAAGAAUCCCUCCGCACCGCCCGGAAAACGAUGUCUGGAUGUUCGGAGUGCUCAUUUGGGAGUGCUUGACUCUCGGUGCGAAGCCACAUUUUAGAAAGUCUGUGGAGGAGAUCAAAAAGUGAGUUGCAUUCGAUUCCGAUCACAGAAAGAAAUCCGUUUCCAGAAGCUUCCGUCUGCCGGAUCGUGGCCUUUCGUGCCCUCCGACCUGCCCGCUUGACGUGUAAGUGACUCAAGAAGCAGGUGGAAACUGGCUGCACAUGUCCCAUUUUCAGAUGGACCCUGGUGACGGACUGUCUCGCGGAUCCGCACAUGCGUCCGCGCUUCUCCUCUUCCACCAACGCCUCCAUCCCAACUCGUCUCUCCGAACUGCACCACAUCGUCUCGCCGGCGCUCUUCCUCUACCCGAUACCCAAUCAAUCCGUUUGCACGUGUGCAGAGCAUAAUUGCCAUAGCAUUCCACAGUAUUGA